UGUAUGAAGAAAGGAAGGGCGCUGAACACAGACAGUGAUCGAUUCCAGAGACUGUUAUCACUUGGGUUCCGAUUCAAAUCCUCCAAGAUUCAAAGCAUACGGGUUUUGUGAGAGAUGAGUGAUAAAGGCAGUUCAAACCCAGAUAACAGUGAAGAACCCGAAGAAGAGAUCCGUGAAGAACUCGAUUUAGGUGAGACCCAAACCCAGGAAGAGAUCCGUGAAGAACCUGGCGAAGGUGAGACCCAAACCCAGGGAGAGAUCAGAGAAGAAGCCAGUGAAGCUAGUAAUGCCCAGGAAGAUGAAGAAGCUGAAGGUAGUACCCAGGAAGAUGAUCAAGGCAGUCCCACAGAGAUCAAUAAAGAAGACGACGCUGAAGAAGUUGAAUUGACGAAGGGAAGUGCACAGCAGAUAUUUGACCGGUUCAAAGACGGUGAAAAUGGCGAAGAAGGCGAGUCAAAAAUUAUUCUCAUUGGCGAAACUGGAACCGGAAAAACGUGGAUGGCGAAAGAAAUAUUUAACGUUGCUUUGAAGGAGGAGUACGAUGAGCCCAUUUGGAUAUCUCUGGACAAAAAGCAUGAUAAGAGGUCUUUUGUAGACACCGUUGCCCGUCAGCUAUGUCUCCCCACUAGUGCAGAUGAAAGGGAAGAAGAUGCUAGUGAAACUGAGAAAAAGGAGAAGAAUCCGGUUACUGUGGAGACUCUACUGAAGGCCCUGCAGGAGAAAAUGGCAGAUAAGCUUGAAGAGGCCAAAAAGGCUCAAAAGUUUGUUCUAUUGGUUUUGGAUGGUCAGAUAGAUAUGCUGCAUAAAGACCAGAAUGAUAACAUGGGGAUUGAGCGUUACAUCAAGGAAAAGAUUUUAGGUUUGAAAUCGAGCACGGAGAAGGUCGACGGGAAGAAGGUCGACGGAUUAAGGGUUCUUAUCACAAGGAGGAAAAGUGAAGAUGCUGAUAUGGCUGAGGGAGCAAAGAAGCUAAAACUCCAACGCCUUUCUGGUGAACCGGCACGCAAAUUGUUUACAAAAGAUCCUUAUGGCCGAAUUUAUUUGUUGGACGAGUACAAAGAGGUAUCUAAGGCAUUGCGUGAAAACAGAUGGAAGCCUGCAGAAAUCCUUUUGUUAGCGGGGACCUUAAAGUACUUUGAAAAGGAUAAUGUUCGGGAUUUAAAACCUGCUAUGGAGGCUGCAGUUGGUGGACUGGAACAACUUUUGCGUUAUGCAUAUGAUAGGGAGCCCGGCAAUUCCAUGAUCGACUGCUUCUGGCAUAGUUGGAACUUCUUGAGAGAACAUGGUGGUGUUAACUACAAUGAGUUGAUCACUAGCUGGAUAAUGGAAGGCUGUCUCAAGCACACCAAUCAGAUUGAUAAGGCUUAUGUGGAGGGACACGCUGUGUUGAUGAAGCUUAUGGAGUAUAAUCUACUGAAAAGGCAGGAGGACAAUAUUAUUGUUCUGGAGGGAGCAACUAUUAAGAUGGACGAGUACUGUCGCCGUGGAUACUGGGGGACAGGGGAUCCUGGUUUGGCUAGUGUGCUCAAGGGUAUCGAUGGAAAAGAUUAUGAAGAGAUACCACCAGCUCGGGUUUUUGAUGGAAUAACACCAGCUGAUGGCAUGAUGAGAACAUUGUGUGGUUAUAAGAAAGAGAAAAUGAUCUCCUCAUUACUGAUUGAUGGAGGUCGUCUAUGUAGGGAAGUUCAUGAGGCUUUCUUUGGGAAAACGGAGAGCCUCAAUCUGCUUGCUAUAUUUUCUCCCCGGCUCAAAUCUCCCGAGGAACUUUCCAUAUUGAACCCGGAGAAGCUGCUUGUGCUCAUGCUCAGAGGCUCUUACCUGUUGGAGAAUGUAAAUAUUGUUGAAAACCUCACAGCCUUGAGUGUUCUUGAAAUAUCUGGUUCACCAUAUUGCAAUAUAGAGCUCCCGGCUAACUUCUUCAAUCUCGUCUCCAAACUUCGAAGCAUCAACUUUUCUGGAACCGGAAUCAAAUCAUUACCCGAUAGCUUCUCUGAAUUGACUGAGCUCCGAAGGCUUAUCCUUAGCGGGUGUUCAAACUUAGAAGAACUUCCAAAGCUGGCGAAGUUCGAAAAACUUGAGAUAAUUGAUCUUUCCGAUUGCACAAGUUUCAAAAAGAUCCAAGAAAAGAGCUUCAGGUCGCUUGUAAAGCUUAAAGUAAUCAACUUUUCCCGUACCCAAAUUGAGAAACUACCCAUCGUUAAGACUCUUGAAAAUCUGAGCAGGAUCUUGGUACAAGGUUGUACUGCGUUGUCCGGAAUGCGCAUGCUCAAAAACGUUAAGAGCAUCAAGGUUCUUGAUCUUUCAGGUGCAACAAACAUAAAAGAAAUCAUGUACGAUUGCUUUGAAGGAGCAUCAAACCUCAGAGAGCUUGAUCUAUCAGAAACUCGGAUACAAUAUCUGCCUCCCGCCAUUGGAGACCUUCAGAAACUGAGACUAAAGAAAUGUGAUUUGUUAAGAAACGUACCUGAUCUGAGUGGACAGACGAGGCUCGAGGAACUUGACCUCUCAGGUUGUACGAUGCUGGAGGAGUUGCUUGGUUUGAGUGGUCUUGUAAAACUGAAGAUUCUAAACCUCCGUGAUACUAAACUUCACAACGAAGAAUUGAAGAAAUCCUUGAGUGAAAUCAAAGGCCUGCAAAUACUACACUAAAGCCAUGAUUUCUUCAUGUAACUUUUGAUGAGAGGGUGGUUCAAACUUACUACAUUGGGAACUGGAGUUCAUCUUGCUUGUGUAUGUGUAUUUUCAAAAUAAACAGUUGUUGGAUUUUAUCAACUACUGCUCUGUUGUGUUUUAUAUGUUGCACUUGUCCGUACUCGAGUAGACUUAAACCUUGUUCCUGGA